CAAGGAAACCCAUAAAUCCAGUUUGAUUUCGUGACUGCAGUAUAUAUGUUCCAUCCGUUAAUUUUAUAUUUCAAAUUACAGAAUGACGGAGGAUAUUGAAAUUUAUAACUUUCUACGUUCAGCGAGUUGUUGCUGCAUCUGCUGUUUGCGUUAUUUGAAAGGUAGAACAGAUGAUUUCAUCUCAGUGCAGAGCGCUUUGGACAAACGAGGAAUAUGCCUUGAUGACACCUCGACGAACGACGAGAAGCAGGCAAAAAAAAUGCGACUCAGUAACUGCGUAGCCUGUUUGGGUUUACUGGAGCCACAUUUUAUUGAAACAUUGAUAGAACAAAUCCGUUCAAGUGAUAAACUCCGAGAAUAUGAUUGUGAAGGUUUCACUACGUCCGUGUCGUUACCUAUUGCGUUACAGGUCCGUCAGCUAUCGCUUUGGUUGAGUCUGCUGGAACGAUUUCCUUCCCGAUUCAACAGUUGUUCAGUGCCCGAUGUUUCCGUGAAAGAUGCCUUCAAAAUGAUUCUGAAUCGAAAACUUGGUGAGGUAUUGGAAAGGGUUUUUUCCCCCACUGGGAUUAUGAUUAAUGUAUUUAUUAGCUAUGCAAAUGAAGAAGUGGAACUUCUGCUGCUGCAGAAGAUCAAACCCGAAGUAUUCGUCGAUCGCAAGGCAAAAAAACACUGCCGUAAAGAGUUCAUAACGCGAAACGCAUUCGAGAAAAAUUUUACUCCCGACAAUGUGAGUCUUGCGCAAUAUCGGCAACACAUUGCGGUACCUCCUACCAUUCAGGAUCAAACUAUUGCACUGGAGGAAGUAAGUUUCACGGGUCCUACGUUGUUUCUGGCGGGGAGGUAUAAUAAAAUAACACGAGAGCUCAGUCAGACCCCGUGGGUGAUCGAUGGAAAACGAAAAAUGGCAAACAGUGUUCAGGAGAUUAUGUGUUCGGUUGUGGGACCGUACUUUCUGGUAAUGGAAGAUAGCUUGAUAUUUUCCUCAAGUGGACGGGAGGAUGUGGAUGUGCGAUGCCUCGGCGAAGGGAGACCAUUCGUUCUGGAAAUUCAGAACGCUUUCAAAGAUUAUUUGACGGAUUCCGUCGCUCUGGAGAUGGAGAAGGCUAUCGCAAAAUCGAAACAGAUCUCAGUGAAGGACCUGCAAUUGGUAGCUCGAGAAGAGCUAGUCCAUAUUAAACAAGGCGAGGAGAAUAAGCAGAAAUUCUAUCGAGCAUUAUGCGUAUUGGAAACUGCAGUCACGGCGGAAGUCUUGAAUGCGCUUAACAUAGAAGAACCUUUCGUAAUCGAUCAGUGGACCCCGUUGAGGGUUCUUCAUCGAAGACCGUUACUGUCGCGACCGAGGACGAUCUACAAAGUAAAAGCAUUUGCUUACCAGCGGAACGAUAGGGUACUGAUUGUGGAUGUUGUGACACAGGCUGGAACGUACAUCAAGGAGUUAGUCCACAGUGAUUUUGGCCGAACGAAUCCUAGCUUUCGGAGUAUUAUCGGGCAACCGAUCGAUAUUCAGGCACUGGAUGUUAUGGCCGUUCAUUUAGAUUGGCCCAAAAGGCUUACUCGGUGAUUAGAAUAGAAACAGCUGUUUUUAAUGUUUUCCAUUUUUAUUAAAUAGUCAAACAAUUCAUUCCUUGCGUAAAA